GACUCAGGAAUGCAGCUGCAGAGAUCACCCAGAGGACAGGAUGCCACUCAGCAGAGCUCUGAUUCUGGGGGUCCUCGCCCUGACCACCGUGCUCAGCCGCUGUGGAGGUGAAGACAACAUUGUGGCCGACCACGUAGGCAACUACGGUAUAAUUGUCUAUCAGUCUUAUGGACCCAGUGGCCAGUUCACAUUUGAAUUUGAUGGUGAUGAGUUGUUCUAUGUGGACUUGGAUAAGAAAGAGACUGUCUGGAGGAUUCCUGAGUUUGGACAAGUGAGAAGCUUUGAUCCUCAACAUGCACUGCAAAACAUAGCUAUAUUAAAACACAACUUGGACAUCCUGAUUAAGAGGUCAAAUUCAGCUCCAGCUACCAACAAGGCUCCUGAGGUGACCGUGUUCCCCAAGUCCCCUGUGCUGCUGGGUCAGCCCAACACCCUCAUCUGCUUUGUGGACAACAUCUUCCCUCCUGUGAUCAACAUCACAUGGUUGAGAAAAAGCAAGUCAGUCACAGAAGGCGUUUAUGAGACCAGUUUCCUCACCAACCCCGACCAUUCCUUCCACAAGAUGUCCUACCUCAGCUUCAUCCCUUCUGACGAUGAAGUUUAUGACUGCAAGGUGGAACAGUGGGGCCUGGACCAGCCGGUUCUGAAACACUGGGAACCUGAAGUUCCAGCCCCCAUGUCAGAGCUGACAGAGACUGUGGUCUGUGCCCUGGGGUUGUCUGUGGGCCUCGUGGGCAUCGUGGUGGGCACCAUCUUACUCAUGAAAGGCCUGCGAUUAGGUGGCACAUCCAGACACCCAGGGCCCUUAUAAGUCACACCCUGGAAAGGAAGGUAAGGGUCUGCGUUUGUGGGAGAUGAAGCUAACACACAGGGGAAGCAAGGGAAGGGAAGACAUGAAAAUGUGGUUGGGACAUGGCUGGAGAACUGUGCUGUGACAUUAUCACAGCUCAGGAGCCUCUGGAACCCAUCUGUCUCCUGUCUGUUUUGUGGCAGGCAUGUGGCCCUCUCCAGGGAGGAAGUGGUGUACUGGGUGACCCAGAGCAGUGUGUCUUCCAGCCCAAUACAUCAUCAUCUUUGUCUUCCCCAAGUGUCCUCCAUCUGUCUUUUCCCUUGGCCCUAAGUCUGUCCCUGGUCACAGCUCACAUAUCUUGGAAUUCUCCCCUGAUGUGAGUUUUGUUUUCUGGCAUCUUCCAAAUUGUAUGUACUGUAGACUCUCUCAGAACCCCUGAUUAAUAGCUCCACAAAACCAACAAAUCUCCUGUUAUAUGUUGUCUACUGGUUUUUGUUUGGUUUUGCUUUUCCUGUCUUUCAUUUUGGAGCUUACUGGAGCCAGGCUCAUGUAAUCUAGUCUUCAGUGUCACAGGAACGACCAAAUACAGUCCAGAAUGCUUGGGUAACUUAACUGAGGUUGAACAUUCUCUCUUCAUUUUGUUCCCAGCCCUGACCACUCUCUUCUGUCUACAGUCAGGUUCAGGGAGGUAUGGUAUAAAAUCUGCCUCAAUGUAUACUUGUUGUGAUAAAACACCAAGGCACAGGGUGCACAUGAGUAAUUCCAGCACUCCAGAGACAAAACAGGAGAGUUCUCACAAGUUUAAGGCCAACCUGGUCUGCCCAAGGCAAGCUGGAGCUAUAGAGAAAGGUCCUGUCUAAAAAAUUAGAGACAGAAAAGAAAAGGAAAAAAGAACUACACUUAUUUUAAGAAAGCUCUAAUGAAAAGAACUUUGAAUCUCAAAAGUGAAUAAAAGUUUUAAGAAAUGUUAUCCUAAACUCAAAAUUGUUCUCAAAACAUAUGGACUCAUCAAACCUCUUGGUGUGUCUCUGAGGUAACUUCCAGAGACAAAUAUGUGAAGUGGCAAAAGCCCACCUGAAUAUAGGCAGCAGCAUCUUGUGGGCUGGGACAAAGAAAAAGUAAGCUAGCCCUCACCUUUAUCUGCAUCCUGACUGUAGAUGCAAUGUAACCAAACACCUCAUGUUCCCCUUGCCUACCCCAGCAUCAUGGACUGUGUUCCCUCAAACUGUGGGCCAAAGUAAAUCCUUUUCUCUUCCUCCCUUACCCUCCCUCCAUAAGAUGCUCCUCGUUCUGUGUCUGUCACAGCAGCAAGAGAACUAACUCCUGUAGUAACAGAGUUCAUUCUCAGAGCUGAGAUGACAGGAUCCUAUAGGUCCACAGCUGGAUAUGUAGCCCUUCACUAACCAAAACUUUGCCAUGUGGUACACGGCUAUGGCUAUAUUUUAGAUUAUGAUAAAAUAUACAGAUAAUUAUUAAAAUAAUAUGUGGUAGAGAAAGCUUUAAGUUUGUGAUGGUGACAAGGCACAUGCCCUUGGUCCUCACAACAAGAUGAUAAAAAUCCUUAAAGCAAGAAAGGAAAUGAAUAUCUGUAGACUUAGAUUUUUCAAAACCUACUUUAAUAGAGGUUCUUACAUGCCUUAACCUCCCUUCUAUCCCUCCACCACCAGAGGCAGUGGAAAAGAAAGGUUAAUAGAGCAAAGGAGGAUGUGGACCUGCUUAAAAAUAGUUCUUUGGAGCAAAUCCAAUCUUCAUAGUCAGGAUAUCACACAAAUCAGCAAUGGCAGUUCAAUCCAAAAGAAACCUCAGGCAGCAAGAAGCCACCAGAAUAUCAUGAGAAAUUCUUUGAUGCUUUUUUCUCUACUAAGUCACAACAAAUGACUAUCAGUGAAGAAGGCAAAGCUAACCAAUGCCACACAAUGUCAUCAGGAUCAGCAAAGCCCAACAGAGACCAGCAGAGAGUGGAAAACCAAACCAAUGACACACAGCAUCAUCCACUGUCUGUUGGAUUAUAUUUAUAUCCUUUCCAAACAUCACGUGUUCUCUCAAGCAUCUGCUCUAGUGAAACAUCGCAUGCCCUUUUCUAGGCAGCUUCCAGAAGGACACAUGUCUAAUUCUCAACAAAACACCCCCCAUGUGGAGAUCUGAAUAGUGCCGCGCCCUUAAGAUGGCGCCGGUCUCCGCCUUCCGCCAUCCCGAUGGCGAGUGCUCUUAGGAGUAAACAAGUCCUUAUUUGGCUGUGGCUGGUGGUCUGGCUUGCUUCUGUGUAUGUGGACCUAUCUGCUUUUGCCAUGUGGCUUGCUGGGGUAGGCUGUUCCUAGAGUACUUAAGCCUGGGAGGCGCUUCCCCCGGGGUCAGAAGAUUGUUCAAGGUUCUUGAAUAAACUGCUUAGAGAAGAGCUCA